UUUAACGAUAAAUCCGCGGUCACACUGGAUGUAACUAUAAAAUCCGGGAGCACCGCACCAGAAUGAGCGAAAUGACGUGGAAGGAUUUCUUGAGUCAGGCCCAAGAGUUUCUCAAAAUUUCCGAGCAGUUAGGUGGUGGCUGGGUGCUGCAUGAAAAGGACGCCAAUGAGCCCAACACGUUCCUCAAGUACAGCCAUAAGAUUAAAUGCCAAGAGUCCAAAGAUAGUGAUUUUACUCUGAUCAAUGUGGACUAUCACAUAGUCUAUAGUGUGUCGUAUCAAGUGCCCAUGCUAUUCUUCCAGGCCCAUCGAUCAGAUGGAAGUCUCCUCGACUUGGAGGCCACUUGGCGUGUCUUCAUGCCAGACACGGCGUCCAAAGAUCUUUAUCAGAUGCUCACCCAAACAGAGCAUCCCGUGCUGUUCCGUCCGUUCAUGGCCCUGCACCCGUGUCGCACAGCUGAGGUCCUCGACCAGUUCGGACAGCCGAGUGCCAACCGUGUGCUCACCUUCAUCAGCCUUUACGGACCGCAUGUGAAGCUGCAACUAGCGAAUGCCUACGGACUGAGCAAAUGAAAUGUAUGUCCGGAACUAUGUGGAUAAUUCGUAUUUAUUUGUGGUUGUUUUAAACAUUGAUUACAGGAGUAUACAUGUGUGGAUAUUAUGAUGCUUGGGGAGCUCUAUAUUACAGUUUUACAUUCGAUUCGCUACCUUUUAUACGGUUUGACCUUUUCAUUGAAUAUUCUACAUAUAUAUAUUAGAGGGCAUUCCAGUGCCGCUCCUCUUCUAGGCCAUGGCACAAAUGAACAUCCAAAUUGUACAGUAAAUAGGGGAACAACUAUAUAUCGGGCUAUAGUUAUAUAAGUUGCACUGAUAAAUCUACAUUUAGCAAGCUUAAAUUAAGCACUGCUCAAAUGAACUAAGCUUUGUACACCAAGGACUAUGCCGCUUAUGGGCCGCAUUCAUCUACUUAUGCAUUGCAUAGAUAUUAUCAAUCAUAAAAGUAUAUGUGUGUAUUAUCUGUAAUAGUAUCGUAAUAUGUAUUUUACAAGUUCCACUUGU